UGUGUGUGUGUGUGUGUGUGUGUCUCUCCUUUAGCCCCUAUCGAUCCACUCAUUUUUUUUUUCUCACAUGGACAUAUUAUGUAUAGGCCUCCGGUGACCGAUCCCAACCUUUUAAAAGUUCGUCCACCCAUUGUUACGAUUAUGGGUCACGUAGAUCAUGGUAAAACAACUCUGUUGGAUACAUUACGUAAAAGCUCUGUAGCGGCAGGAGAAGCAGGCGGGAUCACGCAGCAUAUUGGUGCCUUUUCUGGUAAGUCAAUUUUUCCUCCGCAGCCACCCCUCCAAACAACCCCCCCCCUUUUGGGCAUUGUCUAUGAAGAUCCUUUCUUUUUUAAUGAAAGAAACAAAAAAAAAAAAACCAAAAACAGAGCUGCAGGAAAAACAGAAGGGCCUCGAAAGCUUAGCUAAUGCUUGGGUAAUUUUUUCAAUUGCUUUUCCUAUAGUUAAUUUACCGUCAAACAAACGAAUUACCUUUUUGGACACUCCCGGUCAUGCAGCCUUCUCAGCCAUGCGUCAAAGAGGUGCAAGCGUAACAGAUAUUGUGGUAUUGGUGGUUGCUGCGGAUGACGGUGUGAUGCCGCAAACGAUCGAAGCCAUCCAACAUGCCCACGCAGCGAACGUACCCAUUGUGGUGGCCAUCAACAAAUGCGACAAACCAGGAGUCAAUACACAAAAGGUCAAGGAGGAAUUGGCGAGAUACAAUGUGCAUUUAGAGGAAAUUGGAGGCGAUGUGCCUAGUGUGGAAGUGUCUGGUUUGACGGGUAAAAAUCUUGAUCAGUUGGAAGAGACGAUCAUCACGUUAUCAGAAGUGCUCGAGUUGAGGGCAGAAAGAGAGGCUACUGCGGAAGGGGUUGUGAUCGAAUCUCAGAUUGAGAAAGGUAGGGGCAAUGUCGCCACCUUGAUCGUUCAGCGUGGUACAUUAAAAAUAGGCUCUGUGGUUGUUGCGGGUAAUACAUGGUGUAAAGUGCGUUCCAUGACAGAUCAUCAAGGCAAAACAUUAAAGGAAGCAUUACCCGGUACACCGGUCAAAGUCAUUGGUUGGAAAGAUGUCCCGAACGCAGGCGAUGACAUGCUAACGGCUAAAGAUGAGAAUCAAGCCAAAACGGUAGUGGAUAAUCGAAUUGCGCGCCAGGAGAGAGAGAAGCAACUCCGUGAUUUGAAUCUUAUUAAUAAUAAGAGACAACAACAACGAGAACAAUUGGAACGAGAACGUUUAGCGGAACAAACUUACAAAAAGGAACUCUUGAUGUACCAACAAGGCUUAAUUGAAACGAUUCCUGAAUCAAUAAAGAAGCGAAGAAUGGCUUUGUUGAGACCGUCCACACCUGAAGAAGAGGGUAGUGACCAUGGUGAGAGCGACCUAAUUGAACUGAAAGCCGUCGUGAAAGGUGAUGUAAGUGGCACAGUUGAGGCUGUGGUGGAUUGUCUUGCAGGAUUGCAAAACAAACAAAUCCGCGUUAAGGUGGUUCAGAGUGGGGUCGGAAAUAUCACCGAAGGCGAUCUUCAGUUGGCAGCAGCUUGUGAUGGCCAAGUCAUAGGCUUUAACGUAAAAGCAGACAAACAGAUAAAGGCUCUAGCAAACAGACUCGGUGUGCCAGUGAAAUCAUAUUCUGUCAUAUACCGGUUACUCGAAGAGGUAAAGGAACAACUGAGUGAUAUGCUGCCCCCUGUCAUCACGACACAAGUGGUGGGCGAAGCUGCAUUGUUGCAAGUGUUUGAUAUCAAUGUAAAAGGAAGAGAAUCUCGUCCCGUUGCUGGUUGCCGUGUGACCAACGGUUCUAUAAAUAAAAACAACCGAGUACGCAUAGUUCGUAACAAAAAGACGAUAUGGGAAGGGCAAUUGAAUGCGCUUAGACAAGUGAAAAAGGAUAUUGCUGAAGCCAAGAAGGGCUUAGAAUGUGGCAUCUCCUUUGAAGGCUUCAAUGACUUCCAACCUGGGGAUGUGAUUCAAAGUUUGACGACGGUUGAAACAAAGCAAAAACUAUAGGUGUUCCUUCUCCUAUUCUGCCUUUUAAUAUACCACUGUAAUGCUUAUUUCAUAUUAAAGAAUUGUAAUCAUUUAGAAUAAACUUUUUUUUUGCUUACCAAGACAAAAAAUGAGAGCCCAAACCCAGUUUUCACCAUCAUGAUCAUCCAAACAGCGAUUCAAUGUCAGAAUUAACACUCCGAUGUAACAAAAAAAGAGGGCACUAAAAGAAAAAGAAAAAAAGAGGCCGGCCUUUAUAGCGCCUGAUUGGAUGAGCAAGUUGUGCCUAAAUUUAGCCGGUAGGAAAAAAAAACCUAUAAAUACUGGUUAGAAAACUGCUUUCUUUUUCAUGAAUUUCUAUUUU